AUGACGUUACUUUUCUUCAUACUGUACGGCCUGGGGCUGCUCCUACUUACUACUAUCCUCAAGAUUAUCUACCGGUUAACAUUACAUCCUUUGGCGAGGUUCCCAGGGCCCAAACUUGCUGCAAUCACCAAUCUUUACGCGGUGAACCACGAUCUAAUAACCAAGGACUCACUCGUCAAGCACUUGAAAGCACUCCAUGAUAAAUAUGGGCCUAUCGUAAGAGUGCGGCCGAAUGAGUUGCAUAUCUUCGACUGGGACGCCUACAGAACGCAAGUCACCACUGUUCGAUGCCUCAGUAAACCCAGCGAGCUGACAAUUGCCAGUGUGUUCAAGUCUGGCUCCGAUUUCGAUCGUCCUCCCGAGUUCUACAAUGCUCCGCAAGUCGAAGGUUCUCUUCUCAACAUCCCUAAUGGCCGAGUUGCGAAGCCCCACCGAGAUCUCUUCGUGCAGGCAUUCUCCAAGGCUCAGAUCAACGGCCUGGAGCCACUCAUUCACGAGAAGAUCGCGCAUUUCCUGCAUCGCCUGAAAGAUGAAGCAGACCAGAAUGGCACCAUCGAGCUUGACCUGGCUCUGAACUGCCUGACCGCGGAUGUCACCAUGUACUAUUGCUACCAAAUGAGCCUGGACCUUCUUGAUGCUCCUCGCUUCCGCCCCAACCUGAUUGUCGACCUGCAUGAGUUCGGACCAAUAGUGCCCUUUUUCUGGUGGCAACGCGCAGAUUUCCCCAGAAUCGGCAAUAUCAUGAACAAGGUGAUUUUCUCAAUAUUGCCCGAUAACGUUGUGAAGGCUGCCUUCCCGGCCGCCGCGUCCAUGAAAGGCAUGAUGGCUGUAAGUUCUAUCGAAAUAUCGUUUAGUUUCCCAGCUGAAGACAAGAAGCAAUGUAGAGAUCUGAUCAGCUCUCUGGCCCAAGCACCAGUCGACUCGAAGGAGGUGACCUCUUCAAUCUUCCGUACUGCCCUCAAUCCUGACCGAGAGAAAGGGCAGUAUGUCGCAACUCCAAAUGAGCUCGCAGCGGAUGCCGUUCUCAUGUUCCUUGCUGGCACUGAUACCACUGCUCACGCUCUUACGUUCGGCAUCUGGGAGAUGAUCAAAAGGCCUGAGCUUUGGACACGGUUACGACAGGAGGUAACCGCCGUCCUACCAGAUACGCAGAGCCUUGCAUCAGGGAGGGACCUGGAGAACUUACCAUUUCUUCGAGCCGUCAUCAAGGAAUCCCUGCGAUUCUCCAUGGGGACGUCUGCACGUCUAGCCCGCGUAGUACCGCGCAGUGGUGCCGUUCUUUGCGGAGAGAGUAUCGCUCCUGGGACCCGCGUUUCUUUCGCACACUACGUAUACAACAACGACCCGGCGAUAUUUCCCGAUCCGUACUCCUUCCGACCUCAACGCUGGCUCGGAAGCAAUGUGGAUGAGCUAGAGAGCCAUAUGAUCAGUUUUUCGCGUGGAAGUCGCAAUUGUAUAGGGACAAACUUGGCGUAUGCGGAACUCCAUGCUACAUAUGCCCACCUGGUUCGCAGGUUUGAUAUAUUGAACGAUGGUACAACGGACGAGAUGAUGGACUGGACCGAUGCAUUCACGCCAAGGUUCAAGGGGACCCUCAAAGUGAAAGUGCGCUCCGUUGAUUAG